AAGAUCCAAGAUUGCUUCCUACCAUCCAUGUUCGCUGAUGCCAUGGAGCAGCUGGCAGGGCCAUCUGGGGCGGGCCGGAGUAGCUGGACCUCGGCACUCCUGGAGCUGCAGCCCAGUACUGAUGGCCGCUUUUCGCUGGAGCUCUGGCAAUUCUACGAGUCCUUUCAGGAGUCAAUCUCCUUGAAAACGGGCACGUUCUCUUCCACGGCACGACGUUCCUCAGUCCGGCGGCAGGACCUUCGAGUGACUCUGUCAGGGCAUUACAAGCUCAAGGAGGUGCCAUCCGUGCGCUUCUCGGGCUUUAGUGAAGAUGGUCUCAAUCAGGUCUUUGCCCUGGAGACGGGGCUGACGGUGAGCGAUCGGCCCACAUGGUGGUCACAGGAUGGACUCUAUUUCAUUUACUUUGCGCAGGAGUACCAGCAUUGGAAGGUGAACGGCCUUCGAAGUGUGGGCGGUGACGGGAUCUCUUCCGUGCGUCCCGGCGGGCGCCGAGCUGGGUGCGGCUUUGCACACUCGGGGGAAGCGAAGGGCCACAACGAAGUCGGAGCGCUUUUGGAGCCUCAAGGCUGGUUUGAGGCGGACGAUGAUGAGUGGGUUGGCGUGACGCUGUCACUGACGACCAGAAGGGCAUCAUCCCUUCGGUUCAUUGCUGAGAUUGCACGCACACAGGAGAGUGCCAAGGUCAAUGAGACUUCAACUACAGAGCCCGGAACCUGUGAUAGGAGAGAAUUCAUUCGUUGCAUCGCUGUUGAAUUUCGUGCUUCAGGCAAUCCUGGUUUUUGUGCCUCCAAAGCCUGGCAGCGAGGAAGACACUGGUUUGAUUGCAGAUUGGAGCGCAGCUGAAAGCUUUGAGCUCGGUGACAUGGACGACAAACUGCUCAAAGAAACAGGCGAGCCUGACGUUAUUCAGCUGAAGCCGCGCAGAAGCAUGUCCAAACUGUGACAUUCACUUUGUCCAAA